CAGAGAGCAACAGGCGGUUUGGAGCUGGAGGGUGCUGCCUGGAGAGAUAAGUGAUCAGUGAUUGUUCAUCCUGAGCGUCAGACCGGGCUGUUCCUUCCUCUGUGGUGGUGGACUCUCGCAACUCCACAUUGCUUUCCUCUGGUUCCUCUUUUCUCUCGGCCUGUGAUCUCUCUCAACUGCCACCAUGAAUCUGUCCCUGGCCACGGCGUUCGCCAGGCGCUGGUGGAUGGCAGUGACGGCCAUCAUUGAGAAUCUGCUCUUCUCUGCCGUGCUGUUGGGAUGGGGAUCACUCCUCAUCAUGCUGAAGUCAGAGGGUUUCUACUCUUACCUUUGCAACGAGGAAGGCAACAGUUCGAUCUCCAAUCUGUCCCUACCCCUUGCCACUUCGGCACCCGAUGACUAUGCUGACUACUUUGAGACUGAGGCUGGUGUGGUUGGUCUGGGAGACGGGGUGGAGAUGAGGCCCCUGGUGCCUAUGGAUGGGCCCCUGAAAAUGAACGGCUGGCUGAUUUGUAAAGAACAGGAUGAGAUGCUGAACCUGGCGUUCACAGUGGGCUCCUUCCUGCUCUCGGCCAUCACCCUGCCCCUGGGGAUCGUCAUGGAUAAAUACGGGCCUCGCAAUCUCAGACUGCUGGGCAGCAUGUGUUUCGCAUUCUCCUGUCUACUCAUUGCUUAUGGAUCCUACAAUCCAAAUGAACUGUCGGUCCUUAUCUUCAUUGCCCUGACUUUCAAUGGCUUUGGGGGCAUGUGUAUGACCUUCACCUCUCUCACACUUCCUAACAUGUUAGGGGACCUCCGUUCCACCUUCAUCGCCCUGAUGAUUGGCUCCUAUGCCUCCUCCGCUGUCACCUUCCCUGGUGUCAAGGUUAUCUACGACCUCGGCAUACCCUUCAUCACUAUCCUGGUGGUGUGGGCUGCCUGUGCUGGACUGGUCUUCUUGAACUGCUUCAUGAACUGGCCACUGGAGCCGUUCCCAUCACCAGAGGACAUGGACUACAAUGUGAAGAUUUAAGUUCAGCUGCUGGGCUUCGACCAUAAAAUCACAGGGAAGCAGUUCUACAAACAGGUGACCACCGUGGGCCGGCGUCUCAGCGUGAGCAACAGCAUCAAGCAGAAGGAAAUGGCCAUAACUGACGGAAACAAGCUCUGCCUCUCUACCACGGACCUGGAACUGCACAGCGAAGUCGAGUCCCAGUCCUUCUUGAAAACCAUCAGCAGCACGAUGUUCAUGCUCAGUCUGGUGACCAUGUGUGUCACUCAGCUCCGUCUCUUGUUCUACAUGGGAGCCAUGAACAGCGUCCUGGAGUCACUCAGUGAUGGAGACCUCAACACAGUGAGUCUGUACUCCUCCAUCUUCGGCAUUAUGCAGCUGCUUUGCCUGAUGACCACUCCUGUGAUUGGUCAGAUUAUGGACUGGAAGCUAAAGGAGUGCGAUGAAGGAAAGGACGAAAAGGAGCCCUGCAGCAACGGGGAGAAGACGAAAAAGCGCAGAGACAAAAAGACACAGAAGGUGACCAAUGCCCUGCGAGCUUUCGUCCUCACAAACGUCCUUCUAGUAGGGUUUGGGAUCACCAGUCUGAUACCCAAUCUCCCCGUGCAGAUUGUCUCAUUCGUUUUACACACUGUGGUGAGAGGAUUCAUUCACUCUGCUGUUGGUGGCCUCUAUGCUGCUGUGUACCCCUCCUCUCAGUUUGGCAGUCUAACGGGUAUGCAGUCCCUGGUCAGUGCUGUGUUUUCUUUACUGCAGCAACCCCUGUUUCUGUGGAUGAUGGGACCCCUGGAGGGAGACCCCUUCUGGGUCAACAUUGGACUCCUUGUUAUCAGCAUGCUGGGCUUCUUGCUGCCUCUCUACCUGAUGUGGUACAGACGGACGCUCCACAAAGAGCAGCUGCAGAGAGAGGACAACGCCAAGAUCUACUUAAGGAUCAACGGCAGCGACAUACCUGAGGCCUACGUCUAGAGAAAAGCAAAGGACAGCAGAUGAUUUUUACUGAGAAACAUUUGCAGCCCAGUAAUAUGUGCAUACAUUCACAUGCAAAAUCUUAACUUCUAGAAUAUAAAAUGUCAACCAAUUGCACAUUCUACAACAAGUACACAUACAAACAGACUGACAAAUCUGUUGUUCCCAUGAAGAUAAAGAGAUGCUGCAGUCGUCAAACUAACAAUUCAGUUGGACAGUCGCUUUGGAGAACAGUGAAACGUGGAGGGAAAAAAGAAAAAACAAGAGGAAAGACUGUGAAAGGAAAGAGGCAUAAGCCCUCUGUAUUCCCCCCAAUCCUCUGACUUUUAUUUUGAUUCCCUCUUCUCUGAGCGGCACAUUAGUGAAGCUCUGUUCCACAUAACAGAGUUUUUUUUAAGCUCCUGAAUAUCCCCCUGUGACACUAACAAGACAGCUUGUUGUCACCAUUAUUUGUGAGUGAUUCCAAUUUUAUAUAUGUUGACUUUAAAUCAUCCUGAUUGUAAAUUCCAUAACCUGUCUUUUCAUCAGCUGGAUUUUUUGAGAGAUGGUGUGAGAUAAGUGUGGACUAAAUGACAUCAAUAAGCGACAACAUGGAGAGGUUGAUGUUUCUCGGGCGAAUACAAAAGAGACUCAUCAUUAAUGCAUCUAAUUAUAGUAAAACACUACUGUAGCUUAGAGUAUACUUGAGAAUAGGAGGAAUGUCAGUAUUUUAUGGGCUGUAUUCUGUAAGAAGGACUUUAAACAAACUGCGGUAUGUUUUGAUAAACGCAAAAUGUUAUUGUAUGUUUAGAGUUUUAUUGCCUGCUUUAUUUCGUUUUCUUUUUCUAAGUUAAGUUUACCAGGAUGCCUUUUAAAUAAACUUCCAUGUAAAAGAGACGAACAUUUUUACACAUAUCAGUAAAAAUAGUUUUCCAUUUCUCCAUUAGGUUUACCAUUCAGAUGCCUUAUCUUGAGUCAGUAUUUCUACCUACUUUUCAGCACUUUAUACCCUGUUAACCUCUUUAAAUUCCACACACAUCAUCUCAUUUCAGCACUUCUCUCAUAGUCCCUCUUCACAUGUGUAUUUAUUUCAUUUUACAUUCAUUUUUCCACAAUACAUCGCAUCAUGUAUUUAAAAUGUCACUAUGUCCCAUUCAGUGUUGUUCGCAUAGAGCUAGAUUAUGUAGAGAUGUUUGUUUUGCAGGUGUUCCUGUUUUAAAAUGGAAAAGCUGUGGGGGUUAAUAAAGAUGAUUUGAUAUCUAU